AUCAACCUCAUUCACCCCGACGACAGCUCAAAAUGGCUCAAGAUGAGCAUAAACCCAAGAGACGGAAAACUAAGCCGACAAAUGAUGCAUCAGUUGUAAAAAUCGGCGACAAGAUCAUAUCUUUAAGCGCUUACCUAAAUCCUCAAAAGAAAGCACCAGAGCAGCCAUCAAUAAAUCAGCAGCCCAUCAUAACAAAUGAACCCCAACAGAAUCCUAUAGAGGAAAUCAAGCCAGCAUCUCCUGAGAAAAAUGUGACAAAAAGACUUGCGAAUAGUGGAGAUCCGUCGCUGCUGAAAUCUCGAAAGGCAUUGCCUAUUUGGGCUCAUCAGAAUGAAAUCAGGGCAAGUUUACGGGGUGAUAAGAACGUGCUACUCAUCGUCGGUGAGACCGGUUCGGGUAAAAGUACCCAAGUCCCUCAGUUCCUAUGCGACGAACCAUGGUGUCGAAAGAAGAAGGUUCAGGUCGAAUCUGAUACGGUGAAUAUUGGCGGUAUGAUCGCUAUCACUCAACCACGACGAGUUGCCGCGACGACUCUAGCCAACAGAGUUUCUCGUGAGAUGGGAACUCCUCUUGGAUCGUCCCGUGAAGGGUCUGUUGGAUACUCAGUUCGAUUCGACCACAAUGUUCCAAAGGGUACUAAAAUCAAGUUUCUUACGGAGGGUAUGCUUCUCCAAGAACUCUUGCGAGACCCGAAUUUGCGACAGUAUAGUGCUAUUAUCGUUGAUGAAAUUCACGAGAGAAGUGUCGACGUUGAUCUGAUCGCUGGAUUCCUAAAACAAAUCCUAUUGAGUGACAGGGCCGGCCGGGGAGGCAUCCCCUUAAAGGUCAUAAUCAUGAGCGCAACAGCAGAUGUAGAAAUGAUCCAAGAUUUCUUCAAGCCCCAAGACCAAAGUCCAUCUGUUCAACUUCUCCGAAUCAAAGGAAGACAGUAUCCAGUAGAUAUCAAACACACGGCUAGACCCGUCCCAGAUAUCCAAGAAGCCCUUCUCAAGAAAAUAUUCGACAUCCAUUUACAUGAGCCGUUACCCGGCGACAUAUUAGCUUUUCUUACUGGCCAAGAAGAAAUCGAGGCUGCCCAACGCAUGAUUGAAGAAUACAGCGCUACAUUAGCUUCGGAUGUGCCGAAGUUAUUGGCCUGUCCUUUAUACGGCCAACUCUCAAUCCAGGCACAACAAGAUGCAUUUCAGCCUGCUAAGAAUCGCUACACACGGAAGGUUGUCUUGGCAACAAAUAUCGCCGAGACGUCCGUCACCGUUCCAGGCGUCCGCUACGUGAUCGACUGUGGGAAGGCUAAGGUGAAGCAAUUCCGGUCACAAUUGGCGAUGGAAUCAUUAUUAGCUAAGGCGAUAUCGAAAUCGUCAGCUAUACAACGGACCGGUCGAGCCGGACGUGAAGGCCCAGGCAAAUGCUUCAGGCUUUAUACUUCGGAAACGUACGAUUCCCUCAAGGACGCAGAUUUACCUGAAAUUCUGCGCAAUGAUAUCUUAGGCGCCGUUUUAACGAUGAAAGCGCGCGGCAUCAAUGAUAUUCUCUCAUUCCCGCUAAUGGACUUUCCCGAUAUCGAGUCAGUGGAAAAAGCAUUAAUACAUCUCCAUUUCCUAGGUGCACUAGCAGAUGAUGGCAGUAUAACAAAAAUCGGGAGAAAGCUAGCUCUUUUCCCGGUUUCCGCUCCAUACGGGAGAGUACUUCUUGCAGCAAGUGAACCCCAAUAUGGCUGCCUCCUUGAAGUCAUUGACAUCAUAGCUUGCAUUACGUCAGGAGAGAACAUAUUUCACCAGCUACAAUCAGAGGAAGUAAGGGAAGAGGUCGAAGAAUACCGCAAGGAAUUAUAUCGCAGGGAAGGAGAUAUCCUCACCUAUCUGACUACCAUGCAGCGCUACGCGGCGGAAAACGCGGAUCGAAUCGAGUGGUGUAAGAAGCGGAAGAUCAAUAUCCGGAAUAUGAAACAGGCUCUCAAUAUCCGAAAACAGCUUCGAGGCAUAUGCGUGAAGGAAAAGAUGUUCACGGAUACACCACCGCCGGAUCCUCAACCGUUCGUUCCGAUGUCUCCCGAGAGGGCAACCUUGCUCCUGAAAUGCUUCAUGAAGGGGUUCGGGACAAAAUGCGCCCUACUAGCGCCGGACUCUAGUUAUGUCACGAUACAAGGAAAACAUGUUGUAUCUAUUCACCCGUCGAGCGCGAUGCAUGGGCAGAAAAGGGAGGCGAUCAUGUUUCUGGAGCACGUGUUCACGCAGAGGAGUUAUGCUAAGAGGGUCAGCGCUAUACAAGCAGAUUGGAUUGUUGAAAUUAUGGAAGGCAGAUGAUGUCUUGCCCCUUCCCUGGAAGUCGGUGUAUAUAGAAUGAAGGACGACGUUGAUGUUUAUACCCACUGUAAGUCUACGAUAGAUCGAUGUCUAAAGAUCGCAUUGUGUUCGCUUGCUUGUUAGUAUGGAGCAAUCCGGCGUACCAUCGUUUUUCGACGCGAUGUAUCUUUGCUGAGCUAUUUUUACCGAAACGGUAUCUUCUAAUAAGUUCUAAGAACUUAAGUUGUGAAAGAGAAGAACGUAAAUAGAGGUUAGACUCAUGGGAUUAUAUGUAAGGCUACUGAUUGAGAUAUAGCGCUUCAUUCGCUAUAGGCUGGUAUUCUGUGUACCCCGACGGCUUUCUGAGCAGCCUGGCGAGUUGGUGUUAAGUAGUUAUAGAUACCUACCUAAGUUUAGAAAC